UUCUGUCAACACAGUACAUUAGUCUUCCAGCAGCUUUACCUUAACUAUAUAUCAAUCCAGAUGGAGAUCUCACUCAGGACGUACCAGGAGGAAGUGGUCCAGGCAGCUUUAAAAGGGAAGAACAGUAUCAUCUGGCUUCCCACAGGUGGAGGAAAGACUCGCGCUGCAGUCUAUGUGGCCAAGAGGCAUUUGGAAACUAAACCAAAUGCUAAAGUGGCUGUGCUCGUCAACAAGGUGCACCUGGUUGAUCAGCACAAUAGUAAAGAGUUUCAGCCCUACCUUGGUGACAUAGUAAAAAUUGCAGCCAUCAGUGGGGACAGUCUGGAGAAAGAUUUCUUUGGCUUGGUAGUCAGAGACUCAGAUCUGGUCAUCUGCACCGCUCAGAUCUUGGAGAAUGCCUUAAUAAGCAAAGAGGAGAGCAAGAAGGUGGAGCUCACGGAUUUUACAUUGCUGAUCAUCGAUGAGUGCCAUCACACUCAUAAGGAAGGCGUGUAUAAUAAGAUCAUGGCACGCUAUGUGAAUAUGAAGAUGAAAGGUCAGAGGAAUUUGCCUCAGAUCCUGGGCCUAACUGCCUCACCUGGGACUGGUGGAGCCAGAAGUCUGGAUGGAGCAGUGGACCACGUUCUUCAGAUCUGUGCGAACCUGGACUCUGUUAUUGUAUCCACUAAGAAUUACAUCCCAGAGCUGAAAAAUGUUGUUCCCAAACCCAAGAAGAGAUACGACAUUGUGAAUGAAAACCGUUUGGACCCAUUCGGUCGCCAUUUGAAGAGGAUGAUGAGCUUGAUCCAUGAGUACAUGUCAUCAGGGCAAACUCUGAGUCUGCGGGAGAUGGGCACACAGGAAUAUGAAGCUGAUGUGGUGGAACUGGAGAAGAUAGCUGUUGGGCAGGAGAACAGGCUGUUGGCGCAGUGUGCUCUUCACCUGAGAAAGUAUAACGAUGCUCUGCUCAUUACCGACACUGUGCGCAUGGAGGACGCUCUGAGGCUUCUGGGGGAAUUUUACAACACAGAGCAAAACAAUGCUCUGGACACAACCGACAUCUUUCUCUCAGGAAUCUUUCAAGAGAAUGUAGUGGAACUUUGGGAGCUGGCAUCAGAUCCAGAAAACGAGAACCCCAAGCUAGCACAGCUGCAGUGCACCCUGGUGGAGCAGUUCCAGGAUAAAAACUCACGUGGCAUCAUCUUUGUCAAAACUCGAGUGGGCACACACUGCCUGAACGACUGGGUGCAUACCAACCAGGAACUGCAACGUAACAACAUCCACGCUGCCGUGCUUGUUGGAGCAGGCACUGGUCCUAACCACAUGACGCAGAGAGAGCAAAAAGAUACUAUCCAGAAAUUCCGAGAUGGCACCCUCAACCUUCUCAUCUCCACCACCGUGGCUGAGGAAGGCCUUGACAUUCCAGAGUGCAAUGUGGUGAUCCGUUACGGGCUGCUGACCAACGAGAUUGCCCAACAGCAGGCCAGUGGGAGGGCUCGGGCCAAAGACAGCGUCUAUUCGGUGGUGGCAAAGGCAGGUGGCCGGGAGGAACGCAAGGAGAGGACCAAUGAAUACCUGGAGGAUUUGACAUCCAAAGCAAUUGACAAAGUUCAGAGCAUGGGGCCCAGAGAGUUUGACAUGAGGACCAAUGAUCUGCAGAAAGCUACAGUGGCAGUGCGGGCACUGGAGGCCAUGAAGAGAGAAGAAAAAAGGCUUCGUUUCAGCCCAAACGAAGUGCAGUUCCUCUGCCGCAGCUGUUUCACUCCUGUAGCACACGGAGACGACAUUAGGAUCGUGAAUGACACACAGCAUGUCAACAUCAACUCUGAGUUUAAGAGGUAUUAUAAGACUGGAGGACAGGUUUAUCUAGAACGGACGUUUGAAGAUUGGGAGCCUGGUCGCACCAUUAGCUGUGCUAAAUGUGGAAAGGAUUGGGGGUAUGAGAUCAAACUGAGAAAAACAAUAGUCCUGCCAUGUUUAAAAAUAAAGAGCUUCUCGCUGAAGACUGCAGAGGGAAGCCGCACAGUCAAACAGUGGAAGCAGGUGGAGUUCCAGGUGAAGGAGUUUGAAUUUGUUAAGUAUGUGUCUGAGAACUUCGACCUGGAGUGAGUUUCUGCACACAGCUAGACAGCAGGAACACUUCUGAUUAAACUCCACACAGCUUAUUAGGCCAAGACUUUUUAGUAUCUGGGAGGUUUUACUGUUUUAUUUAACCACUAGGUGUCGCUGUUGUGCAAUAGAUUUUGUUUAUUUUUAUUCCAUUGUUUUCUGCAGCAGAACUUAAAUCAACUUAUUAUCAGUUACCAUAGCUGCUAUAUUACUAAUAUAUUACAAUCCAUAAUGUUAACACACACAAUAUCCUCUGUUUACAUCAACUGUAUGUGAAUUAGCGCCUUAUUCUCCGUCCUGUCUGGAUUAUGUUACUGUGUUGCGUUCAGGGAAGCCAGACCUAAAGCAACUCUAAACUGGAUGAAUUAGUGGUAAAACUUGAAAAUAAAAUGAAAUAUAAUAAUAUGAACAAAUCAAAAAUGAUAAUAAUUUAAUGCAUUUUAGAUAUUAUUUAAAUAACAUGUAACUAGUAACAUGUUUACAUAGCACUUUCUCACUUUGAGUUUAACAUCUUUUUAAAUGUUUUACAUAGAACAGAUUUUAUAAUGUAUUUAUUAUUUUAAGAACAUUAAGGUAGAAAUCUACAAUCUGUAAUGAAUCCCCUAAAGUUUUUUGUACCUAAAACCAAAGUCUUUUUAAACACGUUUUUAGAGUUGUUAUUUUUGGAGUUGGUAUAUUUGUAUGUAAUAUUUUAGCUUUUUAAUAUUUAAAUUAUGUUUUAGAAUAAAAUAACAUGCAAUAAUCUAAAAAAUUUUAGGUUGAAAUUACCUGGGAUGGUACAGACAUGUACCAAAUUAUUUGGUAAGAUCUCAGCCCAAAGACUCAAACAAAUAAAUCAACAUUACUGUUGCCAGUGCAUGCUGAGAGUCAGGUUUAGUUCACUUUAAGCAGUGAACAAAUGUUAGGUCACUUGACAUGAACAUCUUGUGUAUAAUCAGCCAUAGACAUCCAACUUUUCUCUGCUUGGGUAAUCUUGUAAGGGUAUAAACAGAAAGUAAUAUGACUCAAAUACUUGGGCACAUGAAGCACCUGCAUGUGUUUUUUUAUUUAAGUACCUGCACGGCUACAGGUCUUGGCACUGUUGUUAUCACAUCUAUUGUUUGUGGGAAAGACAACAAAGCUAAUACACUUCUUCAUCCAGUAACAUAUUUAACCCAUUUUUCUCAUCAUGUAGACCUUUAGAACUGAACUAGUUUUGUGGGUAAUCUGACCAGAAGCUAGUUCAAGUCAAGCACCUUCCUGAGAGCCACCAAAAGUCCUAAAUCAGCUCUCAAAUGCUCAGCUAAAUGUGUGGAACAUAUUCUACCUUACCUGUAAACCACUUCAAUGAAAACAUGUACAUUGAGCACAGUAGUAUGUGGUUUGGGACGUAGCCAGUGUCUCUGGGGGGUUGAUAUGCUAAUGGAGCUUGGCACUUGAUUGCCUGAUGAAUUUUAAUUUAUGCUGAUGAAUGUGAAUUAAAAUGCUUGACAUUAUGAAAUGCUCCUGGUUUGUGACCUUGGGACAAACAUGCCGACCAACUCUGUUCAUGGACCAAACAUGGGUAUCACCCAAAACGACCCUUCCUGAAUGCUUUGAUGAAAGAUACUGCUCUUGAUGUGACUUUUAUCCUUUUUGUCUGUUUGUAUGUUUCUUUAAUGAUGAAAUAUAUUUGACAUGUUAUUAAAAAUGAUUACUUUACUGUAAAAGGUGUAUUUGUAUCUCAAUAAAUCAAUGA